CUUACCUAAACAGGGCUAGCUCUAGAUUGAUAUAUGUACCUAGGUAUUUUUCUAUGGAGCUUGGUUCUUCAGCCUUGAUAUUUCUGCCUCGUCCAAUUUUUGUUAAUUGAGCUCCAUCUAUCUACCAUAUCAAAGCUUGGACUCUAACCUCCCACGCACACGUCGUGACAGAGACCUCGCCGAAAUCAUUCGAUUUCAAAAACACAAGUAGACAAUUUUUGCAACCAUUUAACAGGCUCUUCCGGAGCCAGUCAUCGCAAAGAUGUCGAACAAACAAGGCAAAAUGGCCGGCUACAUCAACUACCGGAUGAGAGUCACGUUGAUGGACGGCCGUCAAAUGACAGGUCAGAUGCUAGCUUUUGACAAGCACAUGAAUCUCGUUCUUGCCGACACGGAAGAGUUCCGACGCGUAAAGCGAAAGCAGGCGAAGCCCACCGCACCGGGCGCAUCAAGUUCGGCCGCGACGCAGACAAUUGAGACGGAAGAGAAGCGUACUCUAGGCUUGACGAUUCUCCGUGGUGCUCAAAUCGUGUCUCUCUCUGUCGAAUCUGCGCCUCCCGCCGAUCCUAGCACGCGACUUGGCAAGAGUACUCCGAGUGGUCUGCCUACUGGUCUCGCUUCUGGUCCUGGUGUCGCUCGUCCUGCUGGACGUGGUGCUGCUCCAACAUCUCUUGCUGGUCCGGCUGCUGGUGUUGGCAGUGCUCCUCCCCCUUUCCCUCAGUUUGGUGGUGCUCCCGGAUUUGGACCUGGCAGAGGCGGCCCUCCUGCACCCGGAUUCCCGCCUGGUGGUUUCCCUCCCCCAGGCUUCCCUCAGAAUGCUCAGUUCCCACCUCCCGGUUUCAAUCCUGCUGGCGGCGCUCCCCCUGGAUUCAACCCCCCACCUCGAAGAUAAUUGCAAAUUGGAAAUUUUGAUCAGAGAGUGGAAGGAAGUCGUGCCGAAUAAUGACCAGGAAUACCAUUGGCGUUAAAGGGUGGUAGCUGAAAACUACGGGUGGCACCGAAUAAUGGUGAAAAUCGCAUUCUGUACUCUACGCUAGAUCGGAAGGUUGCAAACACAGCACCACAUGAGCCCCAAAAGCAUUAAAGGCUACUAUAAUCAGUCUCCUACAUAAAGCAAAUGCAAUUGACCGAUAAAGUG